AAGCAAUGUAGAAUCAUAAAAUUGCGUUGGUGUUGGCGAGCGCUGGGCUCGCAGAGUCACAGUUGCGGGCUCGGAGCUCAGACUUCGGAGUGUGUCAGUGAGCGGAGAGGAUUCGCGCGGAGAGAAUCUCGAGUGGUGAGGUUGUCUCUCUUAGCUGGCCUCUCACGCAAAAUUCUGUUGAACGUAUGAUGGUCCGUGGCGACAGGGAGGAUGAGGAAUCAAGUACAAGCUCGUCUGCAUCAUCAACGAUUUUCAGCAGCGAGGAGGAGACUGACGAAACUAGAGAGAACAGCAACAGGCAGCGAAAUGACAAGCAACAAACAGCUGCUGCUGUUACUAGCGCAGUGUCCUUGAACACCAGCGACGAUGACAACGGCAACAAUGCCAGCCCAUCCUGGGACAACUUGCCCAGUGUCAUACUUCUCGAGAUCUUCACGUAUUUACCACACGAGAACCGUAUACAGGCUUCGCAGGUAUGUCGGAACUGGAGAUAUACACUCUUCCACCCAAGUUUUUGGAAAAAAAUAACAUUCAAUCUGACAGAUAGCGACAGUAUUUUGUGGUCAAGAUGUUUAUCUAACUGGUUCAAGUUCAGCGUACAAGAAGUGACUAUUCGGUGUGAAUCAAGCAAUGCAUUUGUAAGAGAAGCCCUCUAUGUUUUGCAAAAACUCAGUGAGAACAGACAAUUGCGGAAAUUAUUCCUAGAACCAAGCAAAUGUAUGUUUGAAUAUCCUAAUCAAGAAGUAAAUGGCGAUAACUUGUUGAGACUGUUGUUGAAUAUUGUGGAAACAUCCAAUAGCCUUGAAGCACUGAGUUUAGGAUGCAUCGAAGAGCUAGCUGAAGAUUUGAUAUGUAUACUAGAGCCACUCAAAAACAGACAUGCUAAUCGUUUGACACAUCUUGCUUUGGCUUCUGUAAAAGAUGAUCCUGAACGCUAUGAUUUCCUAGAACUAGAUGGAGCACUGUUUACACAUUUCCAACAACUAUCAAUAUUAACUAUAGAUUAUGAUCACUUGAGCGAUGAUUUACUUCUUGCUCUAACCAGUGGAUUAAUGCAAAGAUUAGUUAUACAUGUACAUGGCUGGAAUGGGGAGUAUGAAGGAGCUAGUAACAGCGCAUGGAUAGCCUUCACUCAAAAAAAUCCACAGUGUGAACUGCGACUUAGUCUUAUUCACUCGUAUAAUGCUGUAAGAGUAUUGGAUUCUGAAAUUUUGCAACCAGCAAUGCCUCUAACACAUUUAAAAGUAUUGUUUUGUGAAAGUGUUAACACUGUAGCACUUCAUCGAAUUUCUCUUUGGUAUCCUGAUAGUUUACAAUCAAUCAUUUGGAUAAAUUCAUUCAACUCUACCAAAAAUCUUAGUCCUCCAAGUUUUGACUUUUAUGAUGAAGAUAAUCCUGAUCCAUUAGUGCUUGCGGCUUGGCGGUGUAAAAAUUUGAAUGAAAUAGUAUUCAUUGGACAGAAAUAUUUGUUGGACUGUGUAAUUGCUAUUGUUCGUUUAAGACAUGAUGCAUUGAAACGAUUAGAAUUUGGUGAGAGCAACAUCGUUUAUGAAGAAUCGUGGUCAGAUCGCGAAGCAAUUAUUGAGGAAGUUAAAGAAGUAAUGGGUAAACAAUGGAAGUUUAUAAAUGAUGAAGAGCUUCCAAAAGUUGUGAUAAAUUCUCAUAGCGGCGACAGCAGAGAAGUCAUAAUGCCAAUGGUUCUUCGGGACCAAAAGUAAUAGUGUCCAAGAAAAUCAGGAAAUUUCAAACUCAAGUACCAUUCAUUACAACGUUUUUUUCUCCAUUUUUCUACAGAUUUAUUUUUAGGCAAAGAAAUUUCUUUAUAAUUUUUAAGUGAAAUCAUAUUGAAAAACUCACCUUAGAUUUUGAAGAUAAAAUAGCCCAUUCAGAGUCUGUUCAUGAACCAACUCGUGACAAGAAUUAGCCAUCCAUAUUUUAAGAAAACUACAACAACCUAUACUAAACUAAAAAGAAUUUCAUCGCUAGAGAAAUUUUGCAAUGGUAAUGAGAACCCAGAACUAUUGUACAUAUUGUUUGACAAACGAGACUGUUCCUCGAUGAGUGUGCUUUAUUGAUCGAUAUUCCAAGUUCAAAAGGUCGAUUUGAAAAAAAGGAACAAAACAAAACAAAGUACAGCGCAGACUGUAAGGCUAACGAAAAGUCUUUGAUGACGUAGACUCAGUCAUAAGAGUACAUAUGUAUAGUUCGAUGAUAUAUCACAUAAACACUACAAGGGAGCACAAUUUAGAUUCGUCGAGGAAUAGAUAACGUAAUAACCAAGAGUUAAUAGAAAAAGCCUGAACUUGGCCUCCGUUUACAAUCGAUCAAGUUCAGCAACGUAGACAUUUGAAGAAAAAAAGUAAAAUGUUGCAAAUAUUUUUCCAUGUGGGAUGGGAGCUUAGUUUAUAGUAUCGAUAACAAAAGCAAAAAAUAGAAAUAGCGGGUAACGUCGAAAACAACCUCGAUAAAAACCGAGGUAAAGGCGAAAUAAUUUUACGAGAGUCGCGUACGAAUAUGUAAAAAGCGAUAAAAUAAAAACUGCGGUACAACAAGCUCGACUUCAACGCGCGAAGGCAGCAAAAUAUAAUAUUGAGCGAUCCGAGGUUAUUUUUAAUACCAAGACCAAUCGGACGCCUUAGCAUAAGAUGAAGCAUCGAUGAUAUAUGCAUAUUAAAAACGCUGUGAUUACGCUAUAGGAAUAUCAGCAGUCCUAACGGGCAAAUGACAUGAGUCGCUUUCAUACGGAAGAAGAGUCAGUAGAACAAUGCUCUCUCCUACUCCAGCAAAAUAUUAAGCUCCGAAUGUGCAAGAGAUGAUAAUUUCACAUACAACGUUAUGUAUGUCUAGAAGAUUUUAGUCACUAACUCAUAUAAAUGUAUAUGUAUGUAUCCAGUAGCUCUUGAAUUUCAAAGUCGUCAAGUCCACUGCGACGCUGUGUCUCGAAAGCGCUGACGAAGAGGAUGAAGAGAGAGAGAGAGAGAAAGAAACUUUUUUGAUUUACAAUCGAAAAAACACUGUAAGGUACAAAACUAGAAUAAACAAACAGAAAGAGGAGCAAACUUAUUAAACGAUAUCCAAGAAAAAAGCAAGAUCGUCAAACGCAUGCCAUCGAAGUUUGUUUAUUCGUCGAGUCGUCAAAUGUAUACAAUAAUCAAUUUUUAUCCAGUCGUCCUGUGUGUAUUUCGAUCUUGUAGCUAUACUUAUACUUACUCAACUUGUUCGAACGGACACACACCGCCACACACUUACAUGACACGACACAGUAGGGUAAGCUGCGAAAGAGACACUUUGAAUCGCAAUUGUUUUGUAUGUGAUUAUGCGUUUUCAACUCGAAAGCCUACGACGCGCAAAGCUUAGAAUAUACCUAGUAAAAUAUAUAGCAGAUGCGAAUGUUUUGAUGCUCUAUCGAAGAUCGCAGAGAGUAAUAUUAGCGAAAUUUUUGAAGAUCUUGGGAGUAACCGGCGCAACAUUCGUCAUCGCAGGGGCGAGAAAAAUUUUAUAGUCGAACAAUAAGAAGAAAAAGAAUAGGGACGUGAAUAUCGGUGAGAGAAACGAGGUAGGCCUUUUUUCACAGCUAAUGUACCUGAGAGUCGUCGACGAUAUUCCACGACCCGCGACAAACAAAUAUCACACACUUGGCCUGCCGUCGUCGACUAUAUUUAUUAACGAUCAAAGGGAGCAAGAUCAAGCUGCAGAUAUAUAUAUAACGGACGUACAAGACUGCGUUGGACAGUCGCGAGAGAGCGCGUAGUGAGUAGACAAAUAUCUUCCGGUCGUUACUUUUCGACGACUUUUCACUCUUGUCAAACUGAAAAAAAACGGAAAAAAAAGAAACUUAAGUACCAUUUUUAUAGAAGAAGACGAGUGAAGCGAGAGAGAGAAAGUGAGAGAGAGAGAGAGAGAGAGAGAGAGAGAGAGAGAGAGAGAGAGAGAGAGCCAAUCAGCGUAUGUCAACGAGACUUUAUAAGCUGUGUGAUGAAUUUUGAAGAUAGCCGCGUGUCGAGGCUGUGACGCGAAGCAAAAUCUCGAGCCACACGCACGCGAACAAUUUAUAUCGAAGACUGAAAAACAUAACAAACACGUUACUUGAAAGCGCGCCCCGAACAAUCACGUAUUACACACAGUUACACGCAAACAGCGAGCGAGGCAGGUCUAAGACUGCUGCACGGAGGAGCGCGUUUUUAUUUGCCGAGUCGUUAUAGAUGUCAAAUCAAAAGCCGCAGCAAAGUAGCAAACGUAGGGCCAACAAGCACAAGAGAAGAGAGAAAGAAUCGCGCGUGAGAGCUCCAGAAAUGCACGAGUCAAGACCUAUUUUUAAGAUGCGAAUGUAUAUUUUUGUACUAAGGCAGGCCUUAGUGAUCAGCGCGCUCACAUAGCCUAGGGAUGACCAACGACCGAUAGAGAGAGAGAGCGAGAGAGCGAGAGAGAGAGAGAGCGAAAGAAAGAGAGAGAGUGAGAGUUAGAGAGAGAGAGAGAGAGAGAGAGAGAGAGAGAGAGAGAGAGAGAUAACGAAGAGCCUUCGGAUUCUCGGCCGCCGGCACCUUGACGUGUUUUCUUUCGUCAUUUCUCGUCGUUCCUCGCUGCGUACGAUUCUUUCGUGCAGACUUGUCCUGCCUCACGCCCUCGUUCAAAGACUGACCGACGCAAGGUAGCGCGCGCGAGAAUCCGAAAGGCCGCCACACUGAAGUGCGAGCUGCGCCGAGCGAGCGAACAAACAUCUGUGAUAAAUAACGAUAAAACUAGCGGAACAAAGUGGAAACAAAAUAUAACAGGGCGCGCUCAGCCGCAAAGCGAGGACGCAUAUUAGCGACGAUUAUUGAUAUGCCUGCGGGUUCAGCGGGUCGCGUGCGCCCCCGCCCCCUCCUACCAGCGGAGCGUCCAGCAGUUUCUUUCCCUUCGGAUGAUCAACCGUGCAAUGCCGACACUCCGAGCGCUGACUCUUCGUUAUGUACGUGGCGCGUUCUUCCGGCGCGGUGGCGCGCAACAUUCCACACGCUCUCCGUUUAUCGACGCAGUAUUAACAGUUCCUAUAAUAGUCACGAGCCUCGAGAGCCAUCCGCACGCCCGCAGUCAUCGAUUGAAUAUCGUAACGAUCAAGCUCAUUUCACCAAGCACGGGCCAUCGGUACUCCGCAAUAUACACGCGCGCGCCCGCACGACACACACACACCAACGUUACUGUCCCGCACAGCUAAUAGUUACGCGAACGCGUGCCAGCGUUUUUUUUAUCCAUUCCAGUCGCCGAUCUGUUUUUCCUUCCUUGUCCAGUGAACAGCGCCACGAGUGAAAGUUGCCGAGUGCGGAAGAGAGCACAUCCACACAUACAUACACACACACACACAUACACACGCGCGCACAUUCAGGCACGAAAAACUCACCUGCGCCUCCGAUAGAAAGUUUAUAUCGUAGAAAUGCCAAUCAAUCGCGUGGCUCUAAAUUCCCUCCGAUCAAUGUCCCGACCGAAGUACAUCUUACCGUACGCGCUUUGCUCCCCGAAAUCGACUUUCGUUGCUCGUUGCGUGUUCUAUAAGUCAAACGUUAUUCUUUUUUAGAUAGUUUAAUAAUCGAAUAACAACGGCUGCCACGCGGCGGUGGCUCGUAGCGUUUACUCCCUCCCCCUGCCCCUCGAUAAUUAACCCUAAUUAACCGAAAUCAAACGAACGAUAAUCGAGUCCAACAAAUCUAAGUCAUCUUAUUGCAAUACUAACGAGUGGCUGUUUCCGAGAAAAUUCUGUCCUCUUUCUACAAUUGUAUAAUCACGACGUGCAUACCUUCGCGCACGAUUUGCCAGGUGAUAUUUCAUUGGAUUUUGCGAGAUUACCUCGCUCGCAGAUGCCUGCAUUAAAGCCCACUUUUCCAUUGUACUUUGCCGCUGAAGAAAGAUAUUUAUACCUGUAAGAUGUAAUAAUAUACCUUUCAACAAUAAUAUAAAUAUAAUCGUGUAUUUACGCACAGCAAAACGACACACGCAAGCUUCGUCUAUAUCGUUUUCUUUCUUUCGACUUGCCGACGUUCUUAGAUCCAGUCAUUUUUCGGUCAAUCCGUUUCAGUAAUUAAAUGUUGCCGUUAUAUACUACUACUACGCUUAUCACUUAUCAAACAUCGCAGAGAUAUAAUUAAAAAGCAAAAGUUAGCCAUUUUAUCAAGAAUCGUUAUUAGAAGAUAUUCCAGAGCAAAAUUAUUAUACGAUCACUUCGUUACAAAUUGUAUUUGAUUUUAGCGACGCGAGAGAUAUCAAAGUUGUGAAAAUAUUGAUUAGUGAAAUUUGAACGCCAAGUCAUCGAUGAUAAAGUUGUUGAAUAUUUUCCGAAGUUUGAAAAAAGAUUUGGCGGGUGAAUCGCGAGCGAAAAUAUUUCAAGUAUUAUUUGCCACGCGAAAUUUCAAUGUUGUCACUGAUACGCUUAAGUAAUGAAAUGUGUAGUGUCUGUCUUCGGUAUUCGAGUGUAAUUUCUUUUCGCUAUAAAUAUUGUUAAAAACAGCAUUUCUGGCCUUCAGUUACAGCAGCGUCGUAUUUGUAUGUUUCACGUACGUGACAAUACAUAUAUGACGAACAAAUUCAGACACGAAUGCUAAUAAAACAGAAAUAAAAAAUAAAGAAACACUGUAAUAGAACUCGAAAUUUUUGUUCGUGUAUAACAAUCAAUAUAUAAGAAAAACAAUGUAUAAGAAUAAAAAGACAGUACAGCGAAUAAAGGUG